AUGGCCACUGGGUUUACCCCACCAACAAUGAACUGGAAUGCUUCAGACAUUCCAGACAAGUUUAAUUCCUUUAAGCAAUAUUGCAACCUUGUAUUUGAUGGGCCAUUUCUAAAGAAAACAGAAAAGGAAAAAGCAUCUUAUAUUUUACUAUGGAUUGGGCGACAGGGAGUCGAUAUUUACAAUAGCUUUGUAUGGGAGAACGAACAGGACAAAGUGAAGCCCAAAGCCAUAUGGGAGAAAUAUGGGAAACACCUUGCGCCAAGAAGUAACUAUAGGCUAGCACGAUUUCAAUUACAACAAUUGAGACAAGAACCAAACGAAAACAUUGACGACUUUAUGACCAGAUGCAGAAACCAGGCAGCAAAAUGUAAAUUUCGAGAUCAACAAGAAACGAAUGAAAGAUUAAUUGAACAAUUAGUAAUUGGAACAAGACAUAAGAAAGCACAAGAAAAAAUACUCGAAAAAGAUGAAAAUCUGAGCUUAGACGAAGCAAUAGAUUAUGCCAGAACAUAUGAAGCUACCAUAGCUCAUGUUGCUCAAUUAAAUAAAACAAGUGAAAUUCAGAAAUCCGUACAUGCACUAUCAAAAUUCGCAAAGCCUAAACAAAAAUGCCAGAACUGCGGAACUGAGCAUGAAGCUAGAAAAUGCCCAGCCUACGGGACAAGCUGUAACUUUUGCUCAAAGCCAAACCAUUGGGCAAAAAUGUGUCGCAAGAAAAUAAACAAAACAGCCCACUACCAAGCUAGACCAGGAAGCCAAAAUCCCAAUGAGGGCAAACAAACUAGAUACAGCCAAGGUCAAAGUCGAAACAGUAAUAGGCGGAUCCAUGAUUUGAAUGUAAACAACGAGUCAAGUGAUGAAUUCGAUACACUAGUUUUUGACACGAUCACAGUUGACAGUAUUACACCUGACUCAAACAGCCAAACCAAAGAUGAAGCACUAGUCAUGAUCAACAUCGAACUGCCAAAUAACACACAAUUGAGAGCUAAAGUUGACACAGGUGCUCAAGCAAACAUCCUACCACUAAGAUUAUACCGUAGCAUGUUCCCAGCGAAUAUCAGCUAUGAUGGUAAACCCAAGAUAAGUGCAGUUAAAAAGUCCACGACCACCCUUACAGCAUACGGGGGUACUCCAAUUCCACAAUUUGGUACAUGCGAAAUAAAGUGCUCAUACAAGAACAACAGCACAAGCGCUACAUUCUAUGUGACUGAUCUACACAGUAGAGCAAUUAUUGGAUUACCAACUGCACUAGAUCUUCACUUGAUUACGUUGAACUGUUCAGUAGAGAAAUUGCAAGUACAAGAGACCUCGCCUACUAAGGACACGGCAAAGCUUAAACCAAGCACUUGCAUAGAUAAUAAAUCUCACCUGAUUGCACAAUACCCAAAUUGUUUCAAUGGGAUUGGCAAAUUCCAAGGGGAAUAUCACAUCACCUUAGACCCUUCAGUUCCACCUGUCAUUCACCCACCCCGACGCGUACCCAUUAGCCUUAAAGAUGAUAUCAAACACGAGUUAGAAGAGAUGGAACAGCUAGACAUUAUAACCAAAGUUCGAGAAGGUGAACCCACAGCAUGGGUCAACAGUCUAGUUUACCGAAGGAAACCCAAUGGGAGGCUAAGAAUAUGCCUGGAUCCGAAAGACUUGAAUGCUGCUAUCCAACGUGACCACCAUGUUACACCAACCCUAGAAGAAAUCCUACCAAAGUUGAAUGGUGCCAUUUCUCUAUCCUCGACGCAAGAAGCGGCUACUGGAACGUGA